GGACUGACAUGUGUUCAAGCAUACUCGUGCUUGAGGUUGUAACAGGUAAACGAAUUCUAGGGGAAUAAUCGCUAUCAUUACACAGGGUGAAUACCAAGCCAACAAAUAUGUGUUGAACGUUUUGUGAUGCCCAUUUCAUUUACUCUUGGGCAUAUGGUCGGCCUUGGGCCUCCAUUGCUUGUUCAAUCAACCAUCUCAACCAUCGAGCAAUCGCACUUCUGGUGCUCUAUUCGACACUUUGCAUACCGUGACAAUCUGCAAGAGCAUGCAUGCAAUAAGAUAAAAGUAGAAACUCGUAGAUUAUCAAAGUUCGUGCAGCCGCAGCCUGUACUCCACACGCAGGACAAGCGACGAGAACGUGUAAACAGCCCACACCAACAGCAACCUCACACCUCCGCACACCGAUCAAAACCCACGCCCAUGCCUUAUGCCCGUUACAAAUGCAGCACCAAUUUCCUAUUCCAGUCUCACGCAGUUCUCCAAGCAUUUCCGAUCGAUGCUUUUACUGACUCAGACCAAAGCUCACGCAUGCGGUCCAGCCCCCCAGACUAUUAUCUGCCCAUCAUCACAUCACGACAAGGACACGUCUGCACAUGUUCCAUCCCUUGAGCCAAGUCGGCAGAGUAGACAAGGAAAAAAUACCAAUUGGCAAAACGCGGCAGUGCACAUCUGCAUCGUACAUCGCGCAAGAUAGAUAAGCAGACAGGCAGGCAGAGGCAGGGUAAAGAGGGGUAACGGAAAAACAACAGCCGAAGG